AAUUGUGUGCGCUCUCUUUCGCUCUUAUACACGCGCUGGCUGUUCAUGACGUCAUGCCGGCAAAACGCGGCGACGGCGACGGCAUCUGCAAUUUAGCAACAACAAAAACAGCAACAAUAACAAAAUAUAAUCAAUAAACAUACUAGCGUAUACGCGAUUUAUCAUAUGUAUAAAGCAUACGCCUAGUGUUCAGCCAACAACGCGUGCACGCUUAUCAAUUAGCUCAACCAGCAACCCAAUACGCCGACUAGAAUAAUUAGUUUUUGCGGAUUUGUCAGUCUAAUGAGCUGAGCCACAUGUCUUAGCCACAAGUACUUCUGUACAUUGUACAUCUGUCUGUAUAUAUUGCAGACAGCUCCAAGCCAAUGGAUAAGGCAAGCGCUUUGAAGCAUGCCACUGCAGCAAGAACGACUAACAGAGAAAAUUGUGGCCUCACAUCGAGCUGUUAAUUGUGGCAGCCACCAACUGCAUGUCGGCAUUGCAGCAUGUCUUCGCGUCGCAGCUCGUUUCGGCGCAGAGCCGCAGAGAAGCCGGCGUUUGAGCGCUUCAAGGAUCACUUUCGCCACUUCACGGCGUUUAUGUUCAGCAAUGUGGGCAUUAUACUGCUCGUGACAUUCUAUACCAUUGGCGGCGCCUUCAUCUUCCAGGCCAUUGAAAUGUACGAAUACGAAAAGUUGAAGCUGGAGAAGCCGCAUCGCUUCAUUGAGCGCAACAUGAGCGGCGAGUGUCUGACACGCAUCUGGGAGCUGACUGCGGAAAAUAUAAGCUUCUAUGAUCAUCAGGCCUAUAGGAAGCGUGUAAACGAAGUGCUGCUGGAUUAUCAGCGCGCUCUGGUCAAGAAACAGCUGAAGGGUCCGGAUAUGGAUCAUCAGUGGAGUUUCUCGGGUGCGUUUCUUUACUCGCUGACAGUCAUCACAACCAUUGGCUAUGGCAACAUAACGCCCAACUCCAACUGGGGCAAGCUGGUGACCAUUCUGUAUGCCAUCAUUGGCAUGCCGCUCUUUCUGCUCUAUCUGUCCAAUAUUGGCGAUGUGCUGGCCAAGUCCUUUAAGUGGAUCUACUCCAAGGUCUGUCUCUGUCGCAUUUGUCCAGGCGUAGCCAAGCGACGCAUCAUACGCGAGCGACGCAAACUGCGUCAGCUGGCCAGAGCGUUGCAGCAGCAUCAGCUGGAGAGCGCACGUGCCAGCGCCAGCAGCAGCACCAGUUGUUCCUAUUCCAGCAGCAGCAAUAGCAGCAGCAGCGACUAUACCCGCAGCACGCUCCAGAGUUCCAGCAUUUUGGAUGUACCUUGCUCCGAUUCCGACUCCGACAUUGAGCGCCAGAUACGCGGCAGCACGGAUGAAAUAACCGUACCGCUGACUGUCUGCGUGUUUGUUAUGGUCAGUUACAUUCUAUCUGGUGCUGUACUCUUUGGCCGCUGGGAAGAUUGGAACUAUAUGGAUGGCAGCUACUUUUGCUUCAUUUCGCUUAGCAGCAUUGGCUUUGGCGAUUUGGUGCCAGGUGACCGAGUGAUAACCGCUGAUAAAGACAAGGUCGAGGUGAGCUUCAUUCUAUGCGCCGUUUAUCUGCUGCUGGGCAUGGCCUUGAUUGCCAUGUGCUUCAACUUAAUGCAGGAGCAAGUCAUACACAACAUGCGCGCUAUUAAACGUGCCUUUAAAGCCUGCUUUCGCUGUCGCAGCUCCUAGACUGGAUGUACAAAUUGUCAG